AUAAAACGUUAUGUAUAACUUGUUUGAUUACUGACGUAAGAUGCAAUAGAGUAAACUUUGUCGCGACAUACAGAAGAGCUUCUGAACAUAAACUUCAUUACAACAUACAAGAGAGCUUCUAAACAUAUAUGGAUUAGCGGUGUUAGUAUCUCCUUAAAAGGGCUUCGUGUCUUGGAAGUUAUAGCAGCACCUUUACCAGAAAAGCUACCAGGCUUCCUUACGCGGAAGAGACUAUGGCAUUCAAACAAAAGAAAUAUCUGUUAUUCUUUUGCGCCAGAUUCCUUCUCAUAGCUGUCAGACUUUUGGCCUCUUGACUAGUAAAGAUGACAAGGAGAGUGCAGGCAAACUAUGUUGCAAAUAGAAAGUAUAUAUAGCACUCGUACCGUAUCCUUUACAAAUUUGACAUGGUUUUCACUUUUCAUCAAUCUGGGGAAGCAAAUUGGUCCUCGGCUCAAAGGGUUACACUGGUACAGAAUAUAGAACUGAUAUGAUUCACUACUCAAUAUGGAGAAGCACGACUGAGGAUCUCCAGAGACCAUAUUCUAUGAGAGAAGUAGUGUUUUUCACAAGAAGCUGCAGUCACUGAGUCUUUAAAAAUUUCACCUCAUGAGGAAAUACACUUUUGACUUCAAGAAGCUGCACAUGAUAGAAUUGAGAUAAUGUCAUUUCCAAUCAGUGAACAUAUAAAAUUCUAAACGACAUAAACAAUAAAUAGUCGUCUCAAAUUGUGUGGCUGCUAGUCAGAUUUAAACUAACCUGGUGGAGUAAUGCUCACCCGAUCAGUGCACGACUGCACGUAUAAAGAAUAUCUGAGCGAGCUAAUAUAUAAUUCUGAGAGAUCAUCUCAGUUCUCUCGGCCCUCUUUCUCAUCAGAUCUGAUCAUAUGGAUGCUGCAGCAAGCAUUUUAGCUGCACUCCUCCUGCUCAUCAUUCAGUGUCCGCAUCACUUGAUUCUUCAAAUAAACGGAGAGUCAAAUGUUGAAAGCAUAAACAAACAGAAGUGCAACAUAUAUCAAGGAAGAUGGGUGAAAGACAAUUCAUAUCCCCUUUAUGAUCCAAACAAAUGUCCUUUCUUAGAAACCUCAUUCACUUGCCAGAGAAACGGCCGCCCUGAUAGAUUCUAUCUCCAGUAUAGGUGGCAGCCCUUCGCAUGCAACUUACCAAGGUUUAGUGGCAGAAAUUUCUUGCGAAGCUCUAAAGGAAAGCGCAUCAUGUUCAUUGGGGAUUCGAUUGGUCUGAACCAAUGGCAGUCUCUGAAUUGCAUGCUUCAUUCUGCUGUUCCUCAAGCUACAUACACCUUAACCAGAAACAAAGGCCUCUCCACCUUCAAAUUUACGGGUUUUGAUCUGUCUGUGAUGCUACUGAGGAAUGCGUUUUUGGUUGACCUUGUAAGCGAUAAAAGAGGACGCGUUUUAAAGCUUGAUUCAAUAAAUAUUGCAAGCACAUGGAAAGGAAUGGAUACAUUAAUUUUCAACACCUGGCACUGGUGGCUUCUCACCGGAAGACAGCAGCCAUGGGAUUUGAUUGAAACUGGAAACAAAAUUUAUAAAGACAUGGAUCGGUUAGUAGCUUACGAAAAAGCGUUGAAUACAUGGGCUAGAUGGAUAGACAAAAAUGUUGACCAAAAGAAAACAAAGGUUUUCUUUCAAGGUGUUUCUCCGGAUCAUGCAAGAGAUUGGUCAAAACCAAGUUGGAAAAAUUGCAAUGGGCAAAAGCAACCAUUCUUAGGAAGGAGCAAGUAUAAAGGAAGUCCACAUCCAGCUCAAGUAAUAUUAGAAAGGGUAUUAAACAAGAUGUCAACCAAGGUUGAUCUACUUGACAUAACAACAUUGUCACAGCUGAGGAAAGAUGGCCACCCCUCAGUCUUCGGCUAUGGAGGCCAUCGCGGCAUGGACUGUUCCCACUGGUGUCUCCCUGGAGUUCCUGAUACUUGGAAUCAACUACUUUAUGCUUCUCUGUUCCAAGAUUGAGCUUCUUUUCUUUCAUUUUUAUACUUGAUUUGUUACAUGUUGCGCAGACAUAAAUAUUUUGUAUAGAUAUCCAAAUGUUCUGUAAAUGAAAGAACAAUUCAUCUCUGAAAAAUGCUUAUAUACCAACCUUUUAUGUAUCAAAUAUUCUCAAUGUC